AAUUUUUUGAGUUUUUGGAAACCCUAAAUAAUCGAAUUGAUACCCAUCGCAGGAGAAGAUUUGCAGGAGAAGAUUUGAUGCUUCUUCUAUCUUUUGAUGGCUUGUAAUUAAAACAUCAUAUACCUAAUCCAAGCCGUGAAAGAACAAAAGAAAGAUUGUAAAGAUCCUAUGGAAAAUUCUCAAAAUCAGGAGAUGGUCCAGAUAAGAGUAGACGUACAAGGCAGUAAAAACGAACUAGACGAAGAAGAGAAAAAGAGUACUAACAUUGGAAGGAAAGGUCGUCAAGAUGAAGAAGUGGUGAUCCAAAUAAGAGUAGAAGAAAAAGAAGUGGAGAAGGUUCAAAGAAAAGAAUUCAAACAAUUCGAUGUAGUAAAAUCUACUGCUCAAGUCGGGAACAAAGCAUUUACUAGUGAUCAUCACUUAAACCAGAUCAGUUUGGACAGACAGAACAGGAUUAUGCAAGAAUGGAAAUUACUCAAAAAGGGUCUACCUGAUUCAAUCUAUGUCAGAGUUCACGAACAAAGAACUGAUUUUCUCGAAGCCUUAAUCGUCGGCGGAGCAGGUACUCCCUACAGUGAUGCUUUAUUCUACUUUCAUAUUAUAUUCCCAUCUAAUUACCCAUUGGCACCACCAACACUGUACUUCAAGACAACUUUUGAGUGUGACGGCUUGGGUGUGGAUUUUUUAAAAUAUAAUGAUCGCGAUGGAAUUUAUAUUCGUGAUAUAAAAGGUCUUGAAAAGUGGAAUCCAAAGGAAUCAACUAUACUGGAAAUUCUAGUAUCCAUUCAAUUAUCGUUUCACAUUGAGAAACCUUAUUUUCGGAAUCAUAAUAUGAACGAUAGCCGUCUAGUAGAGGCUAUUGAGAAUGGUUACAAGUUUGAUGAAUCUUAUGAUCGUGAUGAAAGGGUCUUCAAAAGGAAAUGCGACACAAUAUUGGCUACUCUUAAGAAACCACCGAAGGUUUUUGAAGAAUUUGUUGCUCAACACUUCCGUGAUCGCGCCGAAGCAAUUUUAAUAGCUUGUCAACCUUAUUGUAGAGUCAAAUAUGGUGAUCGUCCAAUAUACGAGACAAAGUUCUGCCGUAAAUAUCGAGACUCCAUGGCUAAUAAGUAUGCAAAGCUUUUAAAGGCGUUUAUAAAGAAUGGCUCUUCAUUGGAUGAUUAUAUUGGAGACAUUAAUUUGGAAGAGGACUUUAAUUAUGUUGAUCCACCCCCUCAACCGCAAUGGAGAUGCAGUUGCAAUGGUGUGCCUUGUGCAGCGCUGGCGUUGUGGUUUACUAUUCUUAUGCUUGUUUCAUUUGUAGUUUGGUUAUUUACUCAUUUAAAUUAGACAGCCCCGGGAAUAGAAUAAAAAGGUUUGCCCGAGUAGAGCAUAUUAUUUAAU